AUGGGGCCCCCAGACCCCCAGAAGAGGCCCCACGGAGCGGGGGGCCCCCCUGCCUUUGAGUUGAGGCCCUUAGACCCAGCUGUGAGGGCUGCUGCUGCUGCUGCAGCAGCGCCUGCAGACGCAGACGCAGCAGCAGCGAAGCCCCGUGGUAAGAAAAAGGGAGGUGACCCUGAGCGCCGUAAGCAAUGCAGAAUCCACGCCCUUAUGAAACGCAUCUCUCUCGAGUGCAAGUCUGCUGCUGCUGGCGGCGCUGCAGCAGCAGCAGCAGCAGGAGAACCCGCAACGUCAGCAGCAGCAGCAGCAGCAGCAGCAGCAGCCAGGGAAGCAUCCGACUCAGCAAAUGCUUCCGGCUCCAGCGCUUCCCCUCCCUCCCAAUCACCAGCAGCAGCAGCAGCAGCAACAGCAGCAGCAGCAGCAAAAGUGCCGGCUGAAAGCCCAGAUGAAGUUUCUCUUUUCAUGUUUGACUUCGGAGAGUGCGACGCCCAGCGCUGCAGCGGCCGCCGUUUGCUGCGGCACUGCAAACUCAACAAGAUAACAGCUGCUGGCAGAGUGCAGUACGCGCAGCGGCUGGGUGGCCGCAGCAGCAGCAGCCGCAGCAGCAGCAGCAGCAGCAGCGGCAGCAGCGACAGCGAGACGGACGCGGACUCGAGACCUGGAAGCAAGGAGGGCGAGGGCUGUGCUGCUGCGGCACCUGCCGCCGGAGCAGCCGCAGCCUCCGCAGCAGCAGCAACAGCAGCAGCAGCAGCAGCAGCAGUGAGGGUUGGGCUGGCAGUGGUGGACUGCAGCUGGAACAGAGUGCUAGAAGGCAGGCGGGGGCAGGACAUUGAUUUCGUGAAAACUGGAACAGAGUGCUAG